AACUUCUGUCUCCCAUACAACAGCGGAGGCUACACCGAAAAGCAGUUUGUAAAAUGUCUGAUUGUCGAUAAUUGGCCUUCAGAACGUGACGAGAAUUUGAGCAUGUGGUGUGCAGGCUCAACCUAAGUGCUUGUGUAACCUCUGUUGAUAGAAGUCCGAAACCAAAACUUUCAGGUGACAUUAUACAGAGAAGGCAAUCUCGGUAUUGGAGUAUACCCCUAGUGUUCUGUGGCUGUGAUAUGGCAGCGUCUUGUGAAGAAAGAAUCUAAAUGUGGCUGAAGAAAAUUUGCAACUGUAAGAACAGCUCAUGAACUAGAAAACUACUCGGUGAAUAUUGUUCAGUUACGUGCUUUUGUUUGUGCAUUUUCGUGAAAUCAGAUACACACAGGAGCAUUAAACUUAGACCAGUGUUACAGGAAUGUCGUGGAAGAUAUUAUUCGGAUCCAAAUACAUCAACGUGCAUCAUAGAUGGUGAGGGUUGAGCAUCAGCGUAAUCAUAACAAAAACACACAUUUCGUUGGAUGAUGUCAGUGAACCCGUUGGAUGCUGCCAGUGAAAAAAAAGAAAACAGACUGAAAUUGUUACAUUUCCAGCGUUUCUAGUUGCUGUCCAAUGUAUUCCUCAUAAUCGCGUACCUCUUGGGAUACACGUUUAAUUCAGAUGGUCAUUCUCAUGACAGUCUAAACAUGUGUGAUUCUCCCGGACGGCCGAUAAUGGAGGACAUCUCCAAAGCCUCCCCGUCCAUCAGGACUGUUGAUGACAACGCAUACAUCGCAUACAUGACACCCCCAGUGGCUCUCGAGAUACGGAAAUCAGAAAGACUGAAGAAAACCUUGAUAAACAUCGCGAAAAAGUUCCUCGUCUUUAUGAUCUCCCAGGUCGGUCUAACGUGCUUGGUUAUAGGGUAUUCCAUCAUGGGAGGGUUCAUCUUCAUGAAGUUAGAAGCUGAACAAGAAAUCAAGAAUAGGUUUGGAGUGGGAAUUACGAGAAAGUUAUAUGUUAAAAGGUUAUGGGAUGUCACCGAGAACUUAAACGUACUCUUUGAGGCUAACUGGUCAGCAAGUGCAGAUGAAAUUUUCAGGGAUUUUCAACAAGAUAUUUACAAGACUGUGAGAGAGACGGGUUGGGAUGGCACUGAGAUUGAAGAAGCCGUUGAGUGGACGUAUGCGGGGGCGUUGCUUUACUCCGUCACUGUUAUCACAACUAUAGGUUACGGACAUCUGACACCUCGUACUUUCUGGGGUCGCCUGGCAACGAUACUAUAUGCCCUGGUGGGGAUACCCCUUACUCUUCUCUGCCUCACCAACAUUGGCUCCUUCAUGGCAAAGUGUUUUCGGUUCUUUUGGAAAAAGAUCCCACGAUGCAAAUGCGCAAGAAAAAAUCCCCAGCCCGGAAGAAUCCUACAUCGAAUGUCCGACCCGAGCACAACAAGCUAUACGUACGGAAAUGAAGGAGCGAUUGAUAGUGUUGUGGAAUGCCCACCCGAAAACAACAACACUAUUGUGCGAAUACCAAUUUUCGUGUGUCUUCUGCUCCUAGCGGGGUAUAUAUUCCUUGGAGCCAUGUUGUUCACUCUGUGGGAACCAGAGUGGAAUUAUUUGGAGGGUUCGUAUUUCUGUUUUAUAACACUGAGUACAAUUGGGUUUGGGGAUUACGUGCCCGGCUAUCGUCACGACUCUUGGCACAACCAAGCUAAACGUAUCUCGUGCACUUUGUACCUUCUGUUCGGACUGGCUUUGAUAUCAAUGUGCUUCGACCUAAUUCAAUCUGAAGUUAGGGAAAUAUUCAAAAGCUUAGGCAGAUCAAUGGGGAUAUCUAAAUCUGGCCCCGAUAGGGUUUGAAAAUACCAGAUCUUUACUUACUAUUGGACUGGGACCACAGACCGAAGGAUUUGGAUUGUACAUGAGAUUGUAGAGAUAACUGUUCAGUGCUUGUGUAGGCCUCAGAAUGUUCUGAGAAGCAAGGCUCAACAUCUACCUAGUAUGUAAACCUGGGUGAAUAAAGAACUCAGAAAUAAUUGAUCCAGGAAUUAAAUGCAAAUCGUAACGACCCACAUUCAAGAGCAUUACUCAUAAUCUACGAUAAGGUCACAUCACUAAUCUGCAAUGUCAUUUGUUCACCUUGGGGGUGACAGGCAAUUUUGAGGAUUAAUGAAAUAAUUAUGAACGAUUAAGGGAAAUGUAUAUUUGACUAAUUGUUGUGCCGCUGCUACACCUACACACCGCCUUCGUGACUUGUAAAACCACAGUGCAUUAUUUGGGAUAUUUCAGACUUAUUUUGAAACAACUAUAUUAAUUUGUUUUAUGUUUGUCAGUUAUAUGUGCCUGAAAUUACAGCUCACAGUUGGAACGUCGGAUCUCAGAAUAAGGUUUGUGAUUUUUGAAAACUUGGUGAUAUUACGUAAAUAAAAAAAUGCUCAUUUACAGAUGUACGUCCUUUGCCUUUUUAGCUUUUGUGUGAAACUCUAUGUGACAAAUGGCCUUGAAUACAAUAAACAGAACACGAUUCUGAUAUAUUAUUUUAAGUCAGUCAUAAAAUACUGCUCAUGUGACGAAGAACCAUACCAUGCCAGCAGAACCCUCAGAUAUAUCCAUACUUAACUCUCUUCAGUAAGGAUUCCGUAAUUCGAUACAGCCGUGCUGUAGUCGAAACUCCAAAAAAAUGCGAGGUCAAAUUUCCAAGUUGAUUUCAUUACUUAUUUACCUUUUAUCUGAUAUGGGAAUAAUCUGAUACGGUGUCAUGUCCUCAAGGGAGAUAGCUGUCUUUACAACGCGUAGCCCAUUACAUUGUAGUUUUGCUCAGGGUUAGAGACCCGACACCAUGUGUAGAUAUUGGCAAUGUUUCACUCACGACACAAGGUGGGUAUGGUCAGUGCUCCAUAAAACAUACUAUAAUGGCAACGUGUUUUCUGUAUACGUAAUAUUUGAGAGCAAAGAACAUAAGCAAUAGAAAUGCAAAAUUAGUUUCAUACUAUUAAGAUGAAAUUGAUGUGAGUUCGUAAACGGUCCAGUUCGACUGGCUACCCCUUUCUAUCCAAGCUGCCUUUGUCCUUCCACGGUGUAACAAGUAUACCUUAAUGUAUAACUGUCUGUUCAUCAGCGUUGAAUGCCAUCAUGUUUCCAUGCAACGUCAGAGCAGCAAUGCAAUGGGACAUUUUCACGAAUAACCUCAUAUAGAGUUAUUCGUAAUUCGAGAAAAACGAGGGUACUGAUAUCAGACUACAGGACAGAAAAGGAUAUGCAAGGACUACAGUAUUAAAUUGUCUUUGACUAUAUAUCGAGAUUACCGCGUUCCAUUUAACGGGGUAUGUCUGUUUAUACAUGUGGAAAUCAAGCAUUGCGAAUGACGGUAUAUUUCCACAUAACACUGAUGUCAAUGAGGAAUGUUCACUGCCUCUUAUAUUCACUGCCUCUUAUAUUCACUGCCUCUUAAAUUAUGUGUGAGAAUCUCACAUGAGUGUCUUUUGAUAUCAAAUAUAUCAUCACGAGUCGCUAAACGUUAAACAACUCGAAUCUAGCCGAGUAGUUUUAAACCUUUAUCAAUGACUUUAGAUAUAUUUGAUAUCAAGAGCAACGUCAGAAAGAUUGAUUUAUUAUGUAAAAUUAUUCUUCUAAAUUCUUCAGAUUGUAAACAGUAGUAACCAGUGUCUUGAGUGUAAAGCGUACAGCUAUCCAGCUUCGGGGGAGAAUGACUAGUAAUGUCAUUAGUUUGUUACGUCAUGGCAACCGAUGAUGUCACAGUGAUCAGCAAAGCAUUGUGGUGCAAUUCAUCGCAGCGACAUUUCCUUUGAGACGCAAAAUAUUCAAAUUGAAUUGAUAACCUGCAGGCAUGACUGAUAGGCGUGUAGUGUAUGUAUAUCUCAUUAGCGUUAUUGAAACAAGUAAGUUCAUAUAAUUAGGUAUUAAACUUAACACAUCCAAGAGUAAGUGCAAGACAAAGGUCAUGGUGAAGUAAGGUUCCAGUUUGUGCACGUUAGAUUUCCUAGACGGAUACCCAUAUAGUAAUCGUAAGUCGUUGUGGCAAAUCAUAACAUGUUAUUAGAGGUGAAGUCAGGUGAAAUGGGGUUUAACGUCGCGUUCAGGAUUAGUGCACGUAUAGAACGACGUGUAUGCACGUGUGUUGUUGGCUGUACUAGUCUAGACUAAUGCCGAUUUCAUAGUGCUAGCCCACUGGGAUGUCAUUUCGCAGUUUAACAUGAUACUCGACCAGUCCGUGUUUUAGACCCUCAAUGCCGAUGGCAAGACAGGGAAACAACAAGUACCAUUUUUAACGUCUUUUGGUAUGACGCGGCCGGGGGUCGAACCCCGUACCUUUCGCUCUCAGGUCAGAAGCUCUACCACUAGAGUACGGAACCCCAUCACAUGUUAUUAGAACUUCCAUGUGUUGUGAUUCAAGUAUACAUUAAACUAUACAAUUAGCUUUUUCAGCUUAUUACGCAAUCGUACCAGAUAUACAUCCUAUGUAGUUCAGUCAACUGCUCCACUUCCACAACACAGGGUAUGCACCUAGGGUGGAACCAGUUGUUCAUACAAUCAAACAACUCCAAUCGCAGCAACAGGGUACGCAAUUUGGGUUGAACCAGUUGGUAGAACAAUCAACAGACCUACAUCAUUGACAGGGUACGCACUGUGGUUGGAACCAGCUGGUAAAACAAGCAACAGACCUACAUCAUUGACAGGGUACGCAUUGUGGGUGGAACCAGUUGGUAGAACAAUCAACUGACCCACAUCAUUGACAGGGUACGCACUGUUGGCGGAACCAUUUGGUAAAACAAUCAACUGACCCACAUCAUUGACAGGGUACGCAUUGUGGGUGGAACCAGUUGGUAGAACAAUCAACUGACCCACAUCAUUGACAGGGUACGCACUGUUGGCGGAACCAUUUGGUAAAACAAUCAACUGACCCACAUCAUUGACAGGGUACGCAUUGUGGGUGGAACCAGUUGGUAGAACCAUCAACAGACCCAAAUCAUUGACAGGGUGGGGCGGUCGGGUAGCCUAGUGGUUAAAGCGUUCGAUCGUCACGCAGAAGACCCGGGCUCGAUUCCCGACAUGGGUACAAUGUGUGAAGCCCGCCGUGAUAUUGCUGGAAUAUUGCUAAAAGCGGCGUAAAACCAUACUCACUCACUCACUCACUCAUUGACUCAGGGUACGCAUUGUGGGUGGAACCAGUUGUUAGAACACGCAACAGACCUACAUCAUUGACAGGGUACGCACUGUGGGUGGAACCAGUUGUUAGAACACGCAACAGACCUACAUCAUUGACAGGGUACGCACUGUGGGUGGAACCAGUUGUUAGAACACGCAACAGACCUACAUCAUUGACAGGGUACGCACUGUGGGUGGAACCAGUUGUUAGAACACGCAACAGAC